CCGGGGAAUCAGACGAGGCCUAUCAGGCCCGGAUGCUGGCCUGGAGUACCGAAACCAAGAGACGGGCGGAUGACGCAGCAACAGCAACGAAGAAGAAGGCAGAGGACGCCGAGCAGGCACGUCUGCUGGCAAUUGAACAGCAGCGCCAGCACGACGAGGCAGCAGCAAAGGCUGCUGAUGAAGAACGAGUUCCUCUCCCAUCGCACGGACCUCCUGGCAACAUGCAUUACAAAGCAGGAGGACAUCCACAGCCUCGACGACGCGCUGACUCGAGUCCACGGCCGCCUCCGGCAGCUGGAGCAGCGACCUGUCACCGCCCCCGAUGCCAACUCUUCCAACACCUCCGAUCGGCUCGAAGCAUUGGAGAUGGACGUCGGCUCCCUCAAGGACGGCAUGCAGUUACAGCAGACCUCAACGCAACAGUUGGAGCAGCGGAUCUGUACUACCGCCAACAACUUGAGUUCGGAACCGCGCAAGACAGCUCCAAAGUUGGACGGGCAGGAGAUCUUCUGCGACUCGACGAAGACAAAUCCGAUUCCAUGGUUCCGCAAGUUCGAGCUCACGCUGCAGCUACACUACGUCAAAGAACACAAGCACCACGCUACUUAUACUCCCGGUCCGGGGGCGCGUGCCAGGCAUGGUUGGACAAUCUCUUGUCCAAGUACGGAGUAGUAGCUGCAGACUUGCAUACCAAGAUCAGCUGGGAUGAUCUGAAGGCGGCGUGGCACAAGCGGUUCCAAGUAGAGUCGCCGGAGAUCAAGGCAUUGACAAGCUAAUGGUCUUCGAACAAGGCACGCUGCCCAGUGUCGACUGGAUUGCCGAGUACCAACGCUUGACAUCAGUCCCAAACAUCCAAAUGGGCUUCAAAGCCAUCCACCACUAUUUCAUCUCAAGGUCGUGUCCGACAUUAAGCAAUGCCCUGACUCACGUCGAGGACACCUUGACGACAACGGCAGAACUUUUUGACAAGGCCGCGCAUAUUAUCAUCACGAACAAGGAGGCUAAGAACCUGCGUUUGUCUGCGCCAGGCCCGAUCAGAGACCAGCAUCGGGCAAGAGUGGCCGUGGUCGCGGCGGCAACGUCGUUUGACCAAACUAGCGAGACUGUGUCUGCCAAUGAAGGGAACAGACUCGC